UGCUUGAACGGUGAAAGUGAAGUGACCCAGUCUCUCAUCUUCUUUUCUUUUCCUCGUUUCUCAGCAACCAAACAGAGAAAACAGAGUAAACCAAUGGAGAAUCUCAUCAUCAGGAAACGUAUCACAUGAUCGAAAAUGGGUUCGAAUUCAAAGUCUCGUGAAGCAUGCCAUGAAGAUAGGAUCAGUGGAUUGCCAGAUGCAAUCAUUUCCCAUAUUCUCUCCUUCCUUUUGACAAGAGAGGCGGUGAGGACCAGCGUUUUAUCACACAGGUGGAAGAAUCAGUGGACUUCUGUUCCAAAUCUGUACUUGCGUGACAGAGAAUAUUAUCCAUUAGAAAGACGUUUGAAAAAAUCUGAUCCAGAUGGCUUCUCCGGUUUUGUGGAUCGGGUACUUUUCUUUCGUGGCUCCUCCAACAUUCAUAGAUUCCGCCUUUUGUGUCUGGAAAUGAAGGAUUUUUCUCGUAUUGAUGCUUGGAUUCGCACUGCCAUUAUGCGUAAUGUUGUCGAACUGGACCUUGAGCUUUACGAGUACUCGAAUCCACCGCAGCCUUUCGUGUUCCCUAGAAGCCUUUUCAUGUGCAAAACACUGGUGGUUUUGAAGCUGAGGCUGCAAUCAAAUUUUAUAGCCCUUGCACCUGCCUCAGAUUGUUUCCCAAGUCUCAAGUUCCUCCAUGUUGAUGUCGUGCUUCCUGAUGCUGACUCAAUGGAGAAGCUCUUUUCAUGUUGUCCUGCUCUUGAAGAUUUGGUUAUAGAGGGAGAACCUGGAUAUGAUUCAGUGCUGAAUUUUGAAGUCUCUGCACCGAAACUAAAAAGAUUAAGAAUAAGUUGGUAUAUCGUUCCAUUUCAUGGAAAUUAUGAUCGAAAAGUUUUUAUUAAUGCUAAUGUUCCAAGUCUAGAAGAGUUUAAUCUGCAGGAGAAUAUUUUGGCAAACUAUUCCCUGAAGAAUGCACAUUCCCUAAGCAGAGCCAAGAUUGAUUUGGUAAACCUGCAUUCUGGGGAGAAGUUUGGCACUGUCCGUGAUUCUGCCGAUCGCAUACAGUGGCUCUUUGCCGAAAUUCGCAAUGUUAAAUUUCUGUCACUUUCAGCUCCAGUUUUUGGGGGUCCCUGCAGUGUGUAUCAAUAUCAUCUCCCUACAUUUAACAAUUUGAACCACUUGGAGUUACUUCUUCAAAAUUGCUGCUCGCUGCGAUCGGUCACAAAUUUUCUGCAGAUAUCUCCCAAAUUGGAACAUCUAGUCUUUGAGAAUAGCAUCCACUGUUAUGUGUGCCAUUUCGUGGAUGAGUCGGUACAUGAAUGGAGUCCACCAGAUUUUGUGCCUGCUUGUUUGUUGUCACACCUCAAAACUAUUCGCAUACGGGGAUUCCAAGGGCUGCCGGAUGAGAUGGAAGUGGUGGAGUACUUGUUGAAGUACGGUGCAGUUUUGAACACCAUCACAAUUUGUACCCUUGAGUAUUUCUGUGAAGAAAAAGAGAUGAAGUUCCCUGUGCUAGGUCUGAGAGAAGAGGUAAAGUUGUUGCAGACAAUUUCAAUGUUCCCAAGGGCUUCAAAGACUUGUCAAAUUGUAUUUCCCAAACUCAAAUGAGGUUUCAUGUGAACCCUGUUUGGGAGUAUCGAGUGGAUCAUUUCUAUGUUGAUAAGAACAUGUAUUUAUUUGCUGUAUAUUUGCUUUCAACUCUUCUUGUAUUCUUUUUUUCAGCUCCUUUUCACUUUGGAGGAAUUAGAUUAUGGUUUAUGGCACAUAAACCAAGGAAACUAAAUAAAAACAAAUUAGUCAUUGCUC